AUAAGGGCUUUGAGUGGAUCUGGUAAACUACAAGUGGUUCUCACUCUCUCCGUUCACCUCCGCCGGUCCCGCCACGGUGUCCGAUCGGCUAACGCAGCCGUUAGGAAGAAUCAUCUUGGGUUACGUAUAAAGCUGCUGCUAUUGACUGAUCAUAAUUUGUGGGAGAAUUUGUUGCAGUUUAAUUGAGAAAGCAGAAUUUUGAGGAAAUGGAUUUGGACCAGUGGAUAGCAAAGGUGAAAGACAGCCAGCACUUAUCCGAAGAUGAGCUCCAGCUCCUCUGCGAAUACGUAAAGGAGAUACUGAUCGAGGAAUCAAACGUUCAGCCUGUCAAUAGCCCAGUCACAGUAUGUGGGGAUAUUCACGGGCAGUUUCAUGACUUAAUGAAACUUUUCCAGACCGGGGGUCACGUACCGGAUACAAACUACAUAUUUAUGGGAGAUUUUGUGGAUCGUGGCUACAAUAGUCUCGAAGUUUUCACAAUUCUUUUGCUUCUCAAGGCAAGAUAUCCUGCUAACAUCACUCUCCUCCGCGGAAAUCACGAAAGUAGGCAACUAACACAGGUUUAUGGAUUUUAUGAUGAAUGCCAGAGGAAAUAUGGGAAUGCAAAUGCUUGGCGAUAUUGCACUGAUGUUUUUGAUUAUCUUACUUUAUCUGCGAUAAUAGAUGGGACGGUACUUUGUGUGCAUGGUGGCCUAUCCCCAGAUGUUAGAACUAUUGAUCAGAUUCGUGUUAUUGAACGAAACGGUGAAAUCCCCCAUGAAGGGCCCUUCUGUGAUUUAAUGUGGAGUGAUCCUGAAGAUAUUGAGACAUGGGCAGUUAGUCCCCGAGGAGCAGGUUGGCUUUUUGGUUCCAGGGUUACUUCUGAGUUCAAUCAUAUUAACAAACUUGAUCUGGUAUGCCGUGCCCACCAACUUGUCCAAGAAGGUCUGAAAUACAUGUUUCAAGACAAGGGGCUUGUGACAGUGUGGUCUGCACCAAAUUAUUGUUACCGAUGUGGCAACGUUGCAUCCAUUCUGAGCUUCAAUGAGAAUAUGGAGAGAGAAGUGAAGUUCUUCACCGAGACGGAGGAGAAUAACCAAAUGCGAGGACCCAGAACUGGAGUACCUUAUUUCCUUUGAGUUUGUUUUCAUCCACCAUUCAAACUUGCCAGAACUUGCCAUAUGUUAUGUUCAUGUGUUUCCCAGAUAGUUUUGAGUGAUUUCAGCUGUUUUCAUUGUCUGGAUUAUUUAUAACAUUUCUUUUUAAAAUAAUAGGUUAUGUACGAUCUGUA